UCCCCCCCCCCCCCCCCUGAUAUCCUCCUGAGAGUAUCACUUCAGCUGACAUCUCGUCUGAGCAUCUCGCCGGAGCAUCUCAACCGAGCUUCCCGCCCACCGCCACGAUUUCUAGCCUUUCGCCCCCUGACACCUGUCUACUACAUUCCUUUAAACUUCCCAGGCGAGGCACCCGAAACCGCAGGCCCUUUCGACACGAAUAAACUCCAACUCACAACCCAGCCAAAACCAUCACUUGCAUUAUGUCUCUUAAGACCUCUCCGCUGCAAACCAUCCGACAGGAGAUCUACGCGGGCGACGCUGAGGCUUUUAGCGGCGAGUCGCUCGAGGAGUCGCUCCGAUUGAUCGAUGACCUCAAGUUUUUUCUCGCCACGGCCCCGGCAAACUGGCAGGAGAACCAGGUCAUUCGCCGCUACUACCUCAACCACGACGAGGGCUUCGUCAGCUGCGUCUACUGGAACAACUUGUACUUUGUGACCGGCACCGAUAUUGUUCGCUGUAUCGUGUACCGCUUCGAGCACUUUGGCCGCGAGAUCACCGACCGUAAAAAGUUCGAGGAGGGUAUUUUCUCAGACCUACGUAACUUGAAGUGUGGCACUGAUGCGGUGCUCGAGGCGCCCAAGUCCGACUUUUUGAUGUUUUUGUACAAAAACUCAUGUCUCCGGACACAGAAGAAACAGAAGGUUUUCUUCUGGUUCAGCGUUCCCCACGAUAAGUUGUUCGCAGACGCGUUGGAGCGAGACUUGAAGCGUGAGUUGACGGGGCAGCUUGCGACCACGUGCGCGCGGCGUGAGCCCGCGGCGAGCUUCCGGUACGACGAGAAGCAGCCGAUUUUCGAACAGGUCACAGAGCAUAUGCGGCAGCUGAAGGAGAAGCUCCCAAGCUUUGAGGAUGAGGAGGAGGGGAGCGAGUACGAAUUGACAAAACUCUUUGAGAAGGGUGUCACCACGGCUCCUGUCGCACCUGCAGUUCCUGUCUCGGAUACGACCUUCACCUCCGCCCCGGCUGCGGCCUUUGCACCCGCCCCUGGCUUCGUGUCCGCGCCGCAUCACGACCCCACUUUCACGGGUCAGUUCGCGUCGUCCUACGCGCUCCCCACUGCCAAGCCCGAGGAGGACGACUUUCCGCUCGACUAUUUCCAGACGGCCAACGCCAUGGCCGCAGAACCGGAUGACUAUACCCUCAAUGCCUUCGGGCGCGAUGAGUACCUUAUCGACCAGGUGCUCCCGGACGAAGAGGUGGUGGUGCCGCAGUACCCUGCGGACCCCUUCCAGCGCAAAGUUUUUGAGGGUUCGGAGGAGUACCCGGAUGCGUUCCCAUACGGUAUGGGUAUGGUGCCCGGGAUGGGUAUGGUGCCUGGAAUGGGCAUGAUGGGUAUGGGUGUGGGGAUGGGCAUGCCCAUGGGCCAGUACCUGAACGAGAUGUACAUGCCCAUGAUGAACUUCAAUCAGAUGAACAUGAUGCAGAACAUGCAGAACAUGGAGAUGAUGGGCAUGGGAUACGGCAUGAACAUGCCCAUGUUUCCGGCGAUGUAUGGUAUGUACAGUGACGCUGCCUUGCAGACGCCACGGCCAAUGUUCUCGCCGUACGGGCGAGGCUUUCCCUCCAUGCAAGCGGCUGCCCCGGCGAUUGUGAACCGCACCGGCCCCAAGAACGUUCCACCGCCGCCUCAUCUGUCUGUGAACAGCCGUUUCCGCCGGCUUCAGACGCAGAAAAUGGGCGGGGUGGUGAAACCUGGCCCCAGUGCGCACAUCAGCACUGCCGCAGCGAGCGCAGCGUUGAGCGCGGGCAGCUCGCGCGAGGCGAAGGUGACACCCCCAGGUGAGGCAGGCGUUUCACCUAGCAUUCCCGGCGAAAGCUAUCAUGCCUUGCCUACGCCCGAAUCUACUGGUGGACAGGCGAGGCAGGAAGUGGCCGAUGGCGGAUUAGACAGUUCUGACAAGGUGUAAUCUUAAUGUAUUAGGAAAUGUGUAGGAAAGGAAACUGAAGGGAAGGGUGUGAUCUCUGAGGUGGCCAUAAGAUUGGUGAGAAAGGGGAUGCUACGACAAGUAUAUAACCCCUGGUGAUAAGUGUUGUUUCGGGCUAAGACUGGCAACUUUCAGAAAGCGUGACGUAUGGAUAUAAUUGAGGGGCUAUAAAGGGUAGAUGUGGCGGGAACUUAGGGCUAAGUAAAGGAACGGAACGAUUGUGGUUAUACGUAUGAAGUAUGACCAAUCGCGACUGAAAGUUAACCGGAUAGGGAUUUGUCCCAGGGACUACAUAGAUGUCCCAACGUUUGAGUAUUUACGCGUCUAGGAAGGAAAGCAACGAGUC